UCGCACGGCAGGGGAUAGCGGGAGCCACCACGGAGGCGGGGGUGGGUUUGCCCCUGCUUCUUCUCGUUGUUGCUCUUCUCGACGAUCUUACGCACGUGACGGCCGCGUCGGUGAUACUCGAACCGUUGAAUAGCGUCUAUCUAGCCGACGUUCCUACGCCCGUUUACCUGCCGCCGCGAUCAUCCGAUUAUUAUUUGUUCGCGCCGCGCCCGUUCCGGAGGGCGAUCAAACGCGCGUUUAACCCUAACGACGUCGAUUCCGAAGGUCACGCGAAUCAGGGAACUCUGGAUCAUCUUACAUUGGCGACACGCCUUUCACCUUCGUCCGCGCUACCCUUGACGUCACCCCUAUCAUUAACGUCGCCGUUAUUGUUAACGCCGCCGCCGCUGUCGUCGUCGUCGUCUACGACGUUAUUGAGACCGUCGUCGUCUUUAACGCCGCUGAAUACUAUCGUCGUCAGACAUCAAGAUCUUUCCAAUCUGACGCCGAGUCGUGACAACGAGGGGAUCGUAGCGCGACGAGGAAGAGCGAAGCGAGUAGCGAUAAGCAAGAGAUCGAAGCUGAAAGAUCAACCCUCUCCGAACUUCAUCGACUCUUGGCCGGAGGCAUGGCGACGUGCUAACGAACACCCUCCGCAAUCUCGCAAAGUGGAACCCAGGCUGUCAAUCGAUGAAAGGAUUCGCCCUGCAGUCCAGACUUUUACUCCGCUGUUAGAGCCCGUCUUCAAGCUUGGAGGAUCAAUAUUACGUUCGGAAAGUUCCCUACGAGAUAUUUUAUUUCGCGAAAGUGCUUCGAAGACAACGACGACGACGACGACGGCGGUGGCGACCAGAACGAUCACGCGGAACAUCGUGUACUUCGAUGCGACUCAACACGCCAAAAGCACCGUGCCCGAGAAAAAUGACGUCGAGAGAGUGACCGAGGACCGAGUGGAAGGUGAUAAGAGAGAAAAGGAGUUGGUGCUCGUGGGAAACGAGGAUAAUAGUGCGAUCGUAGUUGGUGGUGAUAGUGUCAUCGAGUGGACAACGACAACAGUCGCCGGGCCGAUGUCAUCGUCGCGGUCGGCGUUUUCCGGAGACAAUGUGCAGGUGGCCGAGCGUGUAAGGGUGCGCGCGAGUUCUGAGCGUAGCUCAUCGAAGGGCGAGCAAGACGACGAGGAGCAGGUCAAGGUCACCAUCGCGCGCGACAACGAAGAUUCAUUUGCAUCGUCGACGACGACGACGACAACGACGACGACGACGACGACGACGACGACGACGACGACGACGACGACGACAACGACGACGACGACGACAACGACGACGACGCAGCAUCCACCACUGACUCAAGACACCUCUAUGGAAGCACUGGGUGCGAGCGGCUACAUCGUCUCGGCGGCGCUCGUGCUGAUAGUCGGAGCACUGGUGGGUGUCCUGGCGACGAUAUCGCGUCAUCUUCAUCAUCGUCGGCUGUUGGUGCAUGAGCCGGUUCCUCCCGGCUCUGCUUCCUCCGUUUCUGCCUCCAUUCUCCAUCACCAUCAUCGGCAUCAUCAUCAUCGUCACCGUCAUCGUCGUGAGGAGCCACCGCCGCCGCCGUUACAACGUUGUCUUCUAUUACAAGAUCAUUAUCGUUAUCCUGAUACACCCAUGCUGUCGGUGAGCCAAGGAAUGGAGGUCGGCAGCAGCGGACGCGGUGCAUCGGCGGAAGAUGACCCGACCGCUGGUGCGGUCAGCGGUGGAGUCGGUGGCGGCGGCGGUGGCGAUGGCGACGAUACCAGAAGGCGCCGAGAUAUACAGGCGGUGAUGAUCGCCGCGGCGAGGGAUCGCGCGAUUCGCACGGAGAGCGUCCGGCAUGAUCUUGCUCUCAAUCUGCCGCCGAGACUUGAGCUCCCGGACGGCGAGGAGCAUCCAUAUGGGGCGCAUCCGGAUCUUCACCUUCGCAACCCGGAACAGGAGAGCGAAAUUUAUCAGAAAUGCGUACGAGCGCCGCCAAAUCGCACUGUGUUCGAUAGCGAGAGUCCGCCGCCUUAUCGGACGCCAAGUAGCAGUCAGCAUCUCCACCCGGGACUGCUCGAUAUGCCUGGCGACCGGGUGACGCGGAGUCAGAGUCCCAGCAGCAGCAAUUUGUUGCUGAAUACCGCACGCUCGAUGUUCAAGAUGUUCCCGAGCCAUACGACGCCAUCAUCGACGUCGAUGCCGGUCAACAAACCGCCCUUUUCCAGUUAUUCCGAGUCCAGUAGUAACGUGAGCAGUAAUCUGAGCAGUAGCAAUCUGUCCAACAUCACCGUGGUGCCCUGCGAAACCGACGAAAGUCGGCAAGAGCAGCAGCAGCAGCAGCAGCAGCAGCAGCAGCAGCAGCAGCAGCAGCAGCAGCAGCAGCAACAGCAACAACAACAACAGCAACCCCAGCAGCAGCAAUUCCAUCAGAAGGUCUGAUCCGCGGCGUCCUCCUUCCUUGACGCCGUUGUCGUCAUUGUCGCAGCUGCAUCAUCCGAUUUCGAGAACGAGCGAUGGUACUCAAGAUCGUUUUGCGCGACUGCAACGACAACGACGCCCUUCAAGACUGACUCACGGAAGAAACUUCAACAUAGGAUAAAUUCCAUUGGUCAUGUUCCAUCAUGUUCAGCAACGUGUAUUACAUAUACGCGAGAGAAUAUAAUAUCCUCCCGGCCAGUGGUAUCCUCGUUGAAUCGUUCUUCCGGCGUUCUUCUAUAAUGUGAGAGAGAGAGAGAGAGAGAGAGAGAGAGAGAGAGAGAGAGAGAGAGAAAGAGAGAAAGAGAGAGAGAGAGAGAGAGAGAGGGUCGUCCGUUCGUGGCCUAAAGGAAGGCCGGCGGAAGUAAAAAAAGCCGGCUCCUGGUAAUGACUGUAAAGUCAAAUCAGUUAUCAAGACUCAAUCGCCGUGCGUUGGUUCGCGCCUGUCCUCUUUUUUCGACCAGGAAAAUCGAUGCGCCGUCGCCGCCGCCGUUGUUGACGCGUCUCAUUGUGCAAUUCCACGCGGCCAGUGUCUAGCCUAGAUCUCAGAUUAUUUCAAAGCGGUAGCAUGAGGAUUACGAUGUUGCGUCGGAUGUGAAGAGGAUGGAAGGAGAAUUAGAAUGGACGGAGCGAUCGAAGCUUGGCGUGGAAAACAGCGUUACCAACGCGCGACGUGAAGCGAUGGCCUACCAUGGAACGAGGGACUUUCUGUCCGGGAAUUAGACGGUGAGAAGCUUCACUUCGAGGAGAAACGGAUGCGAGGUUCGCGUCUCGCGCGAUACCGAUUCGACAACGAAGCAAGAACCGCCGGUCACCCUCUUCCAGCUCUCGAUCGGAUGCUCGAUCGUCGGACAUCGCGGAAGUUUGUUCAUCGCGACGAAGACUUAGUAAAUUAUUUAUUAACGAUAUAACAUUUUAUUCGCGACGGGCGGCUGCUGCGCGACGGCCGGGGCAAGUGUGGUUUCACGCGAUGGUGGUUGUGGAGAAAAGGAAAAAAGAAAAAAAACGAACGAACGGGACACGAGUUGUAUGAGCGAAUUUGUUCGGUUGCGUGAGUGCGAGACCAAGCGUGCGUAUGAGUAAAUGCAAGCGCGCGUGUGCGGAACGAGUAGAACGAAAGACGUGCAAGAGGCACAGCUAAUUGCAGGGUCGAGAGGGGAAAAAGAAAGAAAAAAAAAAGACAGAGAAAGAACGGAACCCGCGCGCGCGCUCGCGCGUGUUUGUGUAUGCAUGUGAGGAGUUGUGUAGGGGAAUUAAUGUAGUGCCAAGAGUGAAAACGGGAACUCUGUACAUAUUAGGCUAGGUAGUUCAAUAUCAAUAUACUUAUUACGACUAAAAAAAAAAACGAUAUGCUACAUACCGAUUUAAAAAUAAAACAUCAAACAUACAUUACAAACACGCAUACCAUUAAAAACACGAGAUGGCCGGCCGUACGAAACUAUAAUGGGACGCGCACACACCUCCGACAAAUGUAUAUUGUUCUGGCAAAAGUCAAAGUUGAAUAUGUUAUAUAUAAUGUUCUACCUCGAAUGCUAUAUGUACUUGAAGCAAUCAAUAAUAUUGAAUC